CCACGGCGAAUUCUCGAUGUUGGUUCUGCGGAUAAUAAUCAUGUCCGAUUGAAAAUAUUUGAUGCUACUGCUGAUGAGAUUCCCAAAUAUGCUUGUCUAAGCCACUGCUGGGGCUCGUCAAGACCUUUGAGUACCACGACCGCUAACCUUGAUUCACACGAACGAGAAAUCCUCUGGAGUUCGCUGCCUCCCUUGUUUCAAGAUACAAUAGCAUAUGUGCGGAGACUGGGAAUCUCUCUGUUGUGGAUUGACAGCCUUUGUAUUAUCCAAGAUGAUAAAGACGACUGGAGGAAAGAGGCCGCCAAGAUGGCCUCGGUCUACCAAAAUGCGUAUCUGGUCAUCUCCGCAUCCAAAUCCUCUGGAUCCGAAGACAGCUUGUUUGGCGAGAUCGACGAACAACUGAAGCCUAGCAUCAUUCCUCCCUCUGCACUUCCAACCUUCAAUCGUGGAUGGAUUUACCAAGAGCGAAUUUUAUCCUCCAGAAUACUUCAUUUUGGACCACAAGAGCUCUCAUGGGAAUGCCUACAAGAAUCUGCUUGCCAGUGCACAGGACAACAUACUUCCUCGGCCACCAUUGAGCCCGACAUGAUACAUACCAUGACCUGGCAUAUGAUAGUGGAAGACUAUACCUGCCUUCAUCUAACCUUUGAGAGUGAUAUUUUCCCGGCAAUAUCUGGUAUUGCAACAAGAUUUCAAUCCUCCUUAGGGUCUGAAUACGUUGCUGGAAUGUGGAGAAAAUCUCUCAUACAUGACCUUGCGUGGCAUACAGAAAACACAUCCGAUGGCACCCCAGAGCGAAUCGAGUGGCAUCAACGUCCGAAGGCAUGGCGAGCUCCGACGUGGUCGUGGGCAGCAGUACGAGGCCAAGUUCGGUUC